GGUGCCCGAGGAUGACUUGGCGAGGAGGUGGCAGAGGUGGAGGGGGACCAGCAGGCUGCAGCCAGCGGCCCAGAUCCUGAAGGAGCGCAUCGACGCGCUGGCGCAGGCCGGUCGGGAAUCGAGGCUGGAGGAUGAGCGUGCCGAGGGCGCAGAGCAGGCACUGCGGAUGCUGCACCAGCACUGGUGCGAGGGGAACGACGUCCACGACGAGGACCGUUGGAGGCAUCCCGCCCUGCAUCGGUCGCGCGGCGGCCAGCACCCGUACCCGGGCCUCUCGAACCUGUGCAACUCCUGCUACCUCAACGCGCCCCUGCAGUGCCUCCCCCACUGCCCCGCCGCGCGCGCCGCGCUCCUGGGGGCGGAGCGCGAGGGUGAGCCGCUGGUCGUGCAGGAGCUGCGCGCCCUGGCGGCCGCCUGCGUGCGCGGGGUGCCGCCGCCCGCGGAGGACGUCGGCGGCUCCGCGCCAGCGCCAGUCCGCUUGGACCGCUGGUCCCCGCACGCCUUCGUGGACGCGUUCCUCGCGAAGCACUGGGUGGACUUCGGGCUGGGGAAGUACGCGGACGCGAGUGAGGCGCUGUCCUUCAUCCUGGAAGACGCGCCCGGUCUCGCCAGCCUCUUCCAGACAGGAUGCGACGAGGAGGCCAUGAUGAGGCUCCCGGCGUUCGUGGACGAGGCAGACGAAGGCGACGACGCCCUGUCGCCGCAGGACUUCCUCCUCGACGGGGGCGCGCAGCGACUGGGCGUGCGAGAGCUGCUCCGCCGCGGCGCCUCCAUGGGCGGGCGGCUGCGAUCGAAGCCCGAGUUGCUGGCGGUCCACGUGCCCCAGAGGUUGGAGCGGGGCGACGGCGCGGCGCUCUUCCUCGGCGGCUGCGACAUCGCGCCCUACUGGGGCGAGCUCCCGGAGGUGGCUCUGAGGGCGGGGGGGGAAGACGUCGCGUACCGCCUGCGCGCCCACGUGCAGUACAUCCUGCCCGAGGGGUCGGAAGCCGUCCCAUCCCACGUUCUGAAUGACCCCCAGGGCCACUUCGUGGCCCACUUCGAGGAGGACGGGAGCUGGUACACUGCAGACGACCUGGGCGAUCGGCCGCACGUGGUCCAGUGGGCGCCUGGCACCCAGCACAAGAUACCUUGCAUCAUCUUCCUUGAGAAGGUGGGCUCCAGGGCGGCCCGCGCCGAGGCGUGCCCGUGGCCGCUCGGGCCGGUCGUCGACGGCGCGGAGGGCGCGGGCGACGACGGCGAUGUCGACACGGACGGCGAGGACAGCCCUGGCCUCGACGGAGCGCCCGAGAAGCAGGAGGAGGAGGGUGGCGGGGCCGGCGACGCUGGCGCGCUGGGCGCGCGGAAGCGACCCGCGGCGUCAGCGAGGAGCGGCGCCCCUGCCAGGAAGCGGCUCCGCCUCCGAGGGAAGCAGAGCGUGGCUGGGAGGCAGCAGAGCCGCGCCGGGAGGCAGCAGAGCCGCGCCGGGAGGCAGCAGAGCCGCGCUGGGAGGCAGCAGAGCCGAAACCAGGAGGGGAUGCAGCAGAGCCGAAACCGAGAGGGGAGGCAGCAGAACCGGGAGGAUCAGAAGCGCGGUUGCAAGCCGGAGGAGGUGUUGCGGCAGGGGCGGAAGCCGAAGAGCAAAGGCGACAACGCCGACGGGUCCAGGCAGGACGCCCAGAACAACGCCGCCACCCCGGUCCUCCGCAGCAGCAUGGAGGCGAAGAGCUUGCAGGCGGCGUGCGACGCGCGCCGGGAGUGCGGCGACCUGUUCUUGCACUUGCACUUGCUGGAGCCGCUGGCCGCUGCCGAUGACCUGCUGAAGCGCUACCCUGACUUCUUCGUCUACGCGGGCGACGACUGCGCCAACCGAUGGGCGACGUUCCUGCGCGCCUUCGAUCGGCCUGACAAGUUGGCCGGCAGGCUGCGGGAGGCGCUCGGGGUGACGGAGAAGGAGAUUUCCGACGCCAAGCGCCGACUGGAGAGCGGGGAGUGGCACUUGCACCACGUCGCGGAGCUCCUGGACGAGCGCCUGGGCUUCGCCCACGGCGCCCACUCCGUGGCGGCCGCGGUCCGCCUGGCGGCGAGCGACGCGUCGGCCGCGCUGGGCGACGGCAACCCGCUGAGGGCGCACCUGGCGGAGGCGUGGCAGCGCAGACCCUGCAACCGCGGCCCGCCCCGGCACGCCGCCAUGCCUGCGCGCCUUCGGGAUCGCUCUGAGUGGUUCCAGUGCCCCGCGCCCGCCCUGCAUUAUGCCUGCCGCAUGUGCGAGGCCGAGUUCCCCAACAGGGAGGCGUUCAAGGCGCACCAGGGCAGAGUCCACGGGGGGCAGCGGUGGUACCAGUCGCUGUAUGUGGCGCGGUGCGAGCUGGAGCCCUACCAGCCGUCGCCGACCGAGGAGCGCCAGGUGGUUGCCAGGUUCCACAUUUCCCAGUGCUGCGCCACCGUCGACCCCGUGGACGAGCCGUUCGUCCCGAAGCCUGAACCGGAGGUGCAGAAGCAGCUGCUCCACGCGGAGAUCAUCGGCAGUAUCGUCGGCAAGAUCGGGCAGGGGGGGCCCGCGGAGGAGAUCUCCCGGCAGGCGGCCGGCGCGGCGGAGUCGGCAGCCCGCGCUCAGGCGGCGUGUCAGGCGAGGGGGCCCCGCGCUUUCCAGGCCUGCGUCUGCUGCGCCAUGCAGCAGUGGUCCGAGAACCUCCACUCGGAGUACCUCGUCGGCGACAAGUGCACCAUAAAGGACCGGGCCCAGUUCGCGGACUGCCUGUCGGCCGAGUGGCAUCACCAACGAUGUCCCCUCAUACCGCGCGACGAGCUGAUGUCGUCGGCCGUGGACUUCCCCCACAACGACUGCGAGGGCUCGCCGACGUCCACGAAGAUACUCAUGCACAAGAGGCGCGUGCCGCCCGAGGCGCUCGAAGGGAAGGUGCCGGUGAAAGUGUGCGAGGAUUGCCGGAGAGACCUGUGGUCUGAUCACCCCAAGGUGCCGCUCAUGGCGCUGUUGAACGACCUCUGGCUGGGCCGCCACCACCCCCUGCUCAGGAAGGCCGCUCUCGCACACCAGAUGCUGCUUGCGCUCGGCCGCGUCGUGUCCACGAAGAUCUACCUGUCCAGCAAGGGCGCCGACAAGGCCGUCCGGCAGGAGCAGCAGUCGUGGAGGCAGAAGUUCUUGCAGUACGCCAUGCAGGGCACCGCCAUCGUGUUCGGGAACGGGAACCCGGGCGUGCCCGACUUCAUGCUGGCCUGCGCGAAGUAUGUCCCCACGGACGCGGCGUUGGACGACGUCGCGCAGGCGCAGGGGCCCGCGUCGGCCACCACCGGUGCGCAGGCAGAGAUGAGCGCGGCCGCCGAGGACGCGCAGGAGCUGACCAAGUGGCUGUCCGUCCUCGAGGACCACAUGGACGACGUCAGCGAGCUCACGUCCCUGCCGGCGCUCCAGGGCAUGCUCGAGAGGAUGGAGAGUCAGGCGGGGCGCGUUGUGGCCAACGAGCUGAUGUCCAGACUCGAGGACCAGGGAGGCGAGGAUCGGGCGCUGCAGCUGGACGAGAUCGGGCGUCACCGCCUGCGGGACCUCUGCCAGGAGUUCCACGCGCGCUGUCGGAAGAUCUCCCCUGGGGAAGACAUGGCGAAGCUGCGCCGGCGCAUCCAGGCGCUGGAGACCAACAACUGCCAGGCGGAAGAGGGCGCGGGCGACCUGGCGCGAUCUGCAGGAGUCGCGGGGACUCCCGCCGAGGACGAUCCGCGCUCCUUGCAGGAACCGCCCGGCCCAGACGGCCAGCGGAAGGCGAGGCUUCGGGUGCCCACUUCGAGGAAGGCGGAGAGCUGGUGGAAUCCGAAGUACUGGUCGAUUGCCAGGCCCACGGACUUCUGCUACGGGGACUGCGCCUGGGGCCUCGGCCAGCUCCCCCCGGACGGAGACGAGGACCCGCAGAAGCAGAAGGAGGCUCGGCUCUGCUUCAGCGUGGCGCACUUCAUCAAUAAUCUUCUCACGCGGGAGGAGAUGGAGUAUGACGUGCCUGCCGACGAGGAGAAGUACGUGGCCAGACCCAUCAGUCGUUUCCGGAGCUGCUGGUACGACGUGCGCCUGCUGUGCUCCUUCUGGAGAGUCACGGAGACGACCAACAGCACCUACACGUUCAUGAAGACGCCCGGGGCGUUCGGGGCCGCUCGCGCCUGCGCGGACAUCACGCCGGAGAUGAUCGAGCAGGUGCAGCUCAGGGCGCAGCAGACGGGCGGGAAGGCCACGCUGCACGGCAUCCUCAAGGACAAGGACACCCCGAACGAGGUGCGCAAGGCCUUCGCCACCCUGGGCCAGGCCACUGCCGGCCAAGUCGGGUCCGACGGACACAGGCGGGAGCUGCGCGGAGAGGGCGAGGCGUAUGCCCUGCGCUUCGGCCCGCCCGUCCAGUUCGUUACCCCGAAUCUGGCAGACACCAAGCAGCCCCUGAUCCUCAUCGUGCAGGGGGAGGAAUACACCUUCGACAACGACCUGACCGAGGCGGGGCAAGUCACGUUCAGCGAGAUGUCGCAGCGCGUCGCCGCGGACCCCGUGGGCCAGGCCGUGGUGUUCGAGCUGAUGAUGAGGCUGUUCUUCGUCCACGUCCUCGGCCUGCGCCCAGAGACCGUCGGGUGGCGGCGAGGAGAAGUUCGAAAGGCUUCGGAGCACUGGGUCUCCGACGGCGUGGCGGCCGACCUCAUGGGCGUGCCCGCGGUGUUCGGCCCCCUCGUGGCGGCCUUCGGUCCUGUCGAGGCUCAGGGCCGCGGCUCGCUUCACCCGCAUAUCCUCAUCUGGCUGCUGCAGGGCCAGCUGCAAGUGCUCCUGGACAUGCUGCAGCGCGACCAGGCGAGCUUCGAGGAGCGCUUGAACCUGUGGAUGCGGCAGGUGGUGCAGGCCGUGGUCGCCACUCAGCAGAGCGCCGUGGAGCUGCUGCCCUUGCAGCUGCAGGGGGGCGAGAACAAGUGCGGGGUCGCGGUGCCGCCGCUGCCGUUCGGGCCCAACGAGAAGCGGUACUUCAGAGCCGACGGGCGCAGGGAGACGGCGACGGCAGAGCAGCUCGGGGUCGGGGACGACACGGGUGAACAGGAGCUGUGGUUCUACGACCCACAAAAGUCCGAAACCCAAGACGACGAGGUCUACCACGAGGCGUAUCGCCCCAAUCUGCCGCUGCGCCACAAGGACGGCACGGAAGCGGACGACGAGGCGGCGUGGGUGGAGAAGAACACCGCGGAGAACAAGGGGUACUGGCGGCAGCCGCUCUCCAGCAGCGCCUCCAGCAUUUUCCCGAGGUACCGCGGCGGGGGCACCCUGGCGGAGUCUCUCCCGAGCGAGGAGUGGAUUCGCGAGAUGUGCCGCGACGCGCACGAGCUCGUCAUCGGCUGCGGCAUCCACGUCUGCAGCCCCUCUUGCUACAAGUACCAUUCGGACAAGGCGCGCGGCUCGCAGAUCUGCCGCCACAACUUCUACAACCUGGUGACAUUGUGCACGUGGCCCGAGGAUGCGGACUCCCAAGAGUGCCGGUUCCGCACGCGCGGGAAGGCGCUGCGCGGCUGCAUCGGCAUCUUCCGGGAGACGGACUACGGCAUGGCCGGGCGCAUCGUCACCUUCCAGCUUCACCCCGGGGAGACCUCCACGAAGUACGCGGCGGUCGUCUCGGCGCGGUGCAACGUGGACGUGCAGGACAUGAGACGGGUGCUGCCCCCGCGCCUGUGGAUGGAUGCGUCGGAGCUGGAACCGGAGCCGGACGAGAAGGACCGCAAGAGCUACAACCAUGGCCUCUACCCUCAGCGCUACGCCGACUUCUCGGUGGGCGCCCGGGAGGACUGGGGAUGGUUCCAGCAUCUGAACACCACGUCCGCGGAGAAAUGGGACCUUGUCGUAGUCACCGACUGGCACGAGAUCUUCAGGGAGCUCGCGAACCGCGACAGCCCCGCCGUGGACGGUGGCGACGCUGCGCGCGCCGAUCUCCAGCGCGACCUGGAGCGGCACGCGCUGGCCACCUUCGUGGACGCCCACAACACGAGCUACUACGUCAACUCGUACACCGCGAAGGUGAACCCCAGCAUGGACGACGUGCUCUGCAAGCUCCUCGACGGCGUGCGCCGCCUGAAGAGCCAGUGGGACGACAGGGAGGCGCAGGCCGCGGGCGACGCCGGCGACGAGGCCCAGUCGACCGCCGCAGGAAAGCACAAGGAGGAUUUCAAGCGCACGCCGCAGGUGUUGGCCUGCUUCGAGACCUGCUUCCGCAGGGCCUCCUGGAAAAGCGGCAGCGAGAUGGUCUUCCCCAUGCUCUUUGGGCACCUCUCCUUCAUGACGCACCGUUGCUGGAAGGUGUUCAUGCGGAAAUCCAUCUACCUCGCCGCGGAGUCCUGGCGCAGGCGGUACGGCCAGGCCGACACCGCGGAAAGCGCACCCGCCGCCUCGAUCACGUACGCGGUCCCCGGCACUGGACAGCAGGUCGCGAUGCCGGGGUGGCGCGAGGUGCAGCGCGAGGGCGAGACGGUGUACGUCAGCCCCGACGGCGAGGAGUUCGACACGUUCGAGUACGCGCACCAGGCGUUCCAGAUCGCGAACGCCAGCGGCGGCUCGCUGCGCGACGUGACGAAGGCGCUGAACAAGUUGCGGGAAGGCGAGGCCGAAGAGGUGCCCGAGACAUGA